AUGACUUCAGUAAUCGUCGUAGACAACGACUUGGCUGGAUGCCUCAAGGAGUAUGGGCAGAUCAUCGACUCGGUCAACGAGUCCGUCCUGUUUUCUGAGUCAUUGCAACCAUUCAUAAAACCCUACACUAACGAAAUCAUCAACACGUCCGAAUUGAAAACCAAAAUUGUUGAAUCAUCUUCGCCCAAAAAUUUGGCUCAGUUGUCGGACAAGGAGUUUGAACCUGCGUUCAACUUGAUCGUGUACAUUUUGUUACAACUUGAAGGCUCUAUCGAAAAAGUGGUUGGUGGAAAUUCUCAGGUUGUCCAGAAUUUGUUAGACUGCAAUCCCAAACAGGCGCCAUCGUUGAGAGACCGUAAGUCUAUCAAGUCCACCAGCAUUCUUUCAGUAUUGAACACCAUUUUCAACUUCAUUCCUGAGACAUCCAGAACCAGAAUUACAGUCUUGGAGAAAAUAUUAUACAUAUAUGAGAACUCGUCGUUGGAUUUCCUGUUGAUGGAAUCGUCGAUUGGAGACAACCUCGUACAAUGGCUCGCCAAAACUGGAGCUUCGUCUGACGAGAUCAAGGCUUUGUUCUGGAAGUUUAUCACCUUGGACAAAAAGGCCAGCUUGGGGUCUUUGCAACUCAUAAAAAAGUUCACAUCGCAAUACACUUUAAACCUUGAACAAUUACACACUUUGAUCAAGUUUGCGUUGGUGUCGGAGGUUGUCGAUGUGUCGUUUUUGGUCAACAACAACGUGGCUCAGGCCAUCCAAGCAAAUUCCAGCGAUAGUGUGGUGCAAAUUUUCGUCGACUAUACUUCCGGAAAGCUUCUCACAACCGUUCCAUCUACACUUCCGCUUGAGCCCAUUGUUCAAAAAUCAAAAAUUUUGGUGUUGGCCAAAUUUUUGAUUGAUAACGACGACAAGCUCGUUUUCAACUACAGCGACUUUCCUUCCACCUUGAGUGAGUCUCCUGAACAGUUUGAGAUGUUGGUGGUGAACUCGCUCAAAGCAGGAGUAGUUGACGGCAGAUUGAGUCAAUCGGACCAAAAGUUUUACUUGACUCGAGUUAACCGGUUAAUCUUGGCUGGCCAUGACAACAGUAAGAACUGGGAUGCCGUGAGAAGGAUCUUGAACGAGUGGAAGAACGCAUUGGAAAACAUAGAUGAGAUUGUGAAUGCUUCGAGAGAAAGUAUCGUCAACAAUAAUAACGCUUAA